AUGCCUCUGCCCGUCGACGAACUGCAGAGGUUGCUCGACAAGGAGCUAACGGCAAUAAAUAUGAUCACCGAAAACGUCAGCGGUACCAUUGGAGACCUAGCCAUCGUCUGUGAAUGUCUACGACAGAUUGACCACUAUCAACCGUGGGCAGUUGGCUUUGAGGAACUUAUGGUCGAGAAAAAGAGCGGCAUAAAAGAGGUCUACAUGAAGACUUCCCAACCAUGGGCGGGUAUGUGCGGUGCUUUGAGGGAGCAAACCGCGAGUUCAACCAGGACAACAGUACGCUUAGGCAAACCAACGGAUCAAUAUUUGACUACCCCGUAUGGAAGCGGAGGAUGA